GCAUUCAAACGGGCUGUGAGGAGGCACAUUGUAGAAAUGGGUCACAAUCUUGCAUCGAUAGGAGUGAUUGUUUACGUAGCUCUGCUCAUAUCAAUCUUCGGAGUCCAGCAGCAAACUGAAGCAGCUCCAGCUGCGGAGAAACCCCUGCCAGUGAAUCAGUGUCCAUGCGUUGGUGAAGUCUGCAAAGACACUCAGAACUGUGUGUGUCUCCAGAGUCGAACCCCAAAGGCGUGCUCAUGCUCAUGCCCCGAGCAGCUGGCUGGCAUCCCUGAACGACCCCUUCCGCGAGUAAGUUGUGCAUGCGAAGGAUUCACUUGCGCGCAGGGCCAGAAUUGUCUGUGCACGGAGGCGCAGCUGUGGCCUCCGAUCAAAUGCUCUUGCUCAUGUCUGGAACGUGGACCUCAACCACCAAGAAAUGAGUGUCCGUGCGGCGGCUACAGCUGCAACAAAGGCGAGAAGUGUGACUGCGUCCUAACCAAACCCAAAGGCACCUGCAGGUGCUCGUGUUCUCCCGAGAAGAAUCCACCGCGGGUCAACUGUGCCGAAUGCAAGGGCUACUCUUGCAGUGCAGGCGAGACGUGUGACUGUGCCCUCUUGCAAUCUCUCGAUCCAGCUUCCAAGGCGAAUAGAUGCCGUUGUUCUUGCAAGCAACCAAUCGCACUGAAGGCAUGCCCGUGCCCUGGCUACGGUUGUAGAUUAGGUGAAGAAUGUAGCUGUGGUGAGAAAGUAGAUCUCAAGACUGGAAUCCAGAAAUGCUUCUGCGAUUGCCGUCGAAUGCAGAGCAUUGCAUCUCCCUAGUAAAGGCACAUUGAAAGUGAGAACCUGAGACUUGAGAAUAAGAACCUCAAAAUGUAUCUGCAGCUCUUUUUUUGCUUAUGAGUCCUAAACCAGAACCUAGGGCAUAAUAAAUACUCCGUGUACAUGCUACAUGUUUAUACUUU